AUGUCUGCGCCGAUGGAGCAACACGACGACGGCAUCGUGAUGCCCCCCGAUGAAGAUGCUCCCUCUCACCGAAGCGAUUCCAACAUCAAUUCCGACAGCGAUUCCGACGAUUCCUAUCGCCCCGACUUCGAAGCCCUACACACGGAACAGGUGGCGCGGAUGCGUGCCACGCUACAGUCUUCCUACCCUCCCAUUGAAGAAACCGAUUUUGACGCCAUCGUCGGACCCGCCGAGCCAACGUUUACGGCCACAUGGAAGAAGGAAGACGAAGAAUUGAUGCUCUUGGAAUGGGAUUCUUCUCACGAGAAGAAGGCAUACACUUGCAUCGACGUCAAGAAUGCAUCGCUAAUAACACUCUGGAAGGUCUGCAUGCGAAUGUUUCGGUGUACUCCCCUCGACCUGAUUUCCCCUUUGCUUAACUUGAAGUACGGCUCAUCGACUGUGGUAUUCUCUCAGGAGUUCUGUGAAGCUCUCACACCCCUCAUCGUACAUGGCGUAUGGCGAGGCUCCACCCAGCGUCUGGCCAUGGCUUUGCAGUACGCAGUCAUCUGCCGCACAGAUGACCGUCGGCCCUGGAAACCAGAGUUCCGCUGCUUUGCGCUCCACCUCCUUGUCUCCUCCAUGGACAAACACUCGAGUAUGCCUCAACCGAUCCACAAGAUGCACCACGAAGCACGCAUAUCGGACGUCAUGUACGAGAUUGGUGAAAUUGUCAGUGAGAUGUCACUGGACGUGACCACCACUGCCGGGUGCACCGUCUACAAGGGACACGAGGUCUAUUGCGUCACCACUCAAGACGUGGAACUGGUUACAAUGGCGGUUAAUUACGCAGCCUGGGGUGUGUUCACGACGGUGAAUGACGCCUAUGAACUGUUCCAGGGGCGCUGGACAACGACGAUCCACCCAAUUCGCAGCAGAUCCGAGACUUCCAUCAACGAGCUGGGCGACAGCAGCUACGCCUCUUGGCCAUGGCCGAAAAGCGACGAGCUGGGCCUGAGUCUUAGGUCCAAGUUCUGUUUGGAACGGUUGGACGACUACAGGGGCUUCGGGCAUCUCAAGAGUGUAACGGCAGGACGUUGUGGCAAGGGAGACUGGGCGAAUGGUCUUUUCAUGGAGGAGGGGUACCGGGACUCUGCUUUUAUUCCGAGGAAAUGGAUGCCGUUUGGCACUUUCCAUUUGAGCACAUGUCUUUGA